AUGAUAGUCGUUCAAGACAGAGAUUCCUUAACAUCGGCGGUGAAAGGCCAUUGCGAGUUACUCCACAGGAAUACAGAGAGCUAUAUAGGGACCAUCGGGCUUGACCUCUUCGGUAACAUAGACCGCCGACUGCCAAGGCAAUACUUCUCAGAACAGAGUAUGUCAGCCAACGACGCAGCGCAGCAGCAGCGAAUGCAAACCACAGAUAACGAUGCAGAACAAGCCGUAUCUGGGCAAACAGACGAAGCGCAACGCUUUAUCUUUGAAGAUGUGAACACGGCUGAAGACGCCCACCUUGUCAUUGUGUCAACGGCGACGAAAGGAAAUCCGAUUACAGCCAAGAAUAUUAGCACUGGGUCUCGAACUUCAAAGUGGCUUGGUCAGAUGUCUGACGAAUCCCUACAGACGCUCUCGCAGAAUAAAAGAAACUAG